UCCCGCCUCGCAAGCCCUUUUGCACUCACUGCUGCCUCUCACUCUCUCCUCUUUCCCAAGUCUUUCGCUCAUCUCUCUUCUCAGCACUCUAUCAUCUUCUCCAGCGAGCAGUGCACGCAAUCAAACACAGCAGUGCAAGAGAGAGAUCGUCAACAUGAUCGAAGAAACGCCGAUGAACGCCACUGCGCUCCUGCUUCAAACCCGCACAAGCAGCACCGACAGCAGCGUCUCUCCCAAGCCGCGUUGGUCGAAGGGCGUCCCUCCCACGUGCGAAAACGCAGAACCGAACAAGCCGGCUCCCGCCGCACUUGUUUCAUCGAUGUCCUCGAGUGACGACGACGAGCCUUCGCCGAACACCACCAAGCUCUUGCUUGAGAGCCACACCAGCACCGACGGCCACAUCUCGCCAAAGCCCCGCUGGACGCGAGGAAACCCGAACACCGAAACCGACACUGGAGCUGACGGUGAUAAGCUGGACGAGUCCUCCUCCUCUUCCUCUACCACUGCCACAGUCGCAUUAUCCGAGGACGGACGAGAGGAACCCUUGCCGACCUCGCUUCGACCUGGCGGCCGCAGCAGCGGUGGCGACCGCAAGUGUUACAUGGCCUGGAGGUGGUUGCUCGAGGACGAGGCUGCCAGCGAGCCAAGACUGCAGAGGCCAACCGAGUACGAUCCUGUUGUGCUGCCGAAGCUGAUGGACGCCGAGCGGGAGCUGCUGUACCGCAACGUGGAGCUCAGGUUACUGGAGGUCGGUCGGCAAUCCACGGACAUCCCCGCCCUGGUUGAGGAAUACCUCCGGUUCAUGUUUCUUCGGAAGAGGCUCGGGGGUAUGCUCACUCUCGACCCUUCUCCUCUGGUGGACGUUGUCUGGCAGGCUCACAUCACGUUGGACAGGGCGUACGUCGCGUUCUGCGAGCACACGUUCGGGGGGGAGGGGCUAGAGUGCGGGGUACUGCACAGGGAGGUCGACGCCUCGCAGCCCAUGCUGUACGAGAACACGGUCGGCUCUUACGAGCACUUCUUCGGCGCCGUUGCCCCCGCGGAGUGGUGGCCUGCCCCCGCGGUGGUUGUUGGAACUCCGUGUACCGCGCUGGAUGGCAAGGGAGAGGAAGAAGAGGGACCCGUGGAUGUCUCGGGAAGGCGAACCGCUUUCGUCCGCACGGAGGAGAGGAAGUUUCAUUUUGCCGAGGAAGGCUGAGUCCAGCUCAUGGCAUGGGUAUUAUUGUACACGUGCAGAGGAGAUUCUUAGCGUGUGGAAUUGGCUAUUAUUUUUUUACAUUGUUCAUUUUUCGCGGUAUAUAUAUAUAUAUGUAAAUGCUGAUGGCAGUCGACUUUCUUCUUGAGAUUCGGCUGGAGCAAAGGGAGAUUGAUGGAACCAGGCCGCAGUGUAGUCGUGCAGAAUUGUUUCGUUGCUGUGUUGGCUAUGAACGAUUGACAAGUUUCGCUGUGAAAAGGAACCAUAACCGUAGACACUUGCAGCCUACCUUCCUUAACUUUCAUGUGCAUAGAAGAAGCUGACGUACGCCAGGAGGUCACCGAUUUUCCAACCGCAAUGACCAUGUCUGUCUGCCUGUACUAUACGGAUACAUACAUUGAACUUGUUUUUGCCCCAUCUGGGCUUUGUUGAAUAGAAUCUACUACUGCUGUAGUCAUCUUCGACGUGUUGACCGAUUGUUAUUGUGUGCACGGAUACUAUUGUUCUUGUGUAGACUACAGAAUGCGCCACCACUUGAGAAGCUCUACUUAUAGUUUCAGCCGAAGCUGCGGUUGUUACCAUAUUCUAGGGUCAUAAUACGAAUGGCCGCUAUAUAGGUUUUUGUGAAGGGGUUCUUCACCGAGCACACAAAUGUGCUCAAGUUCUUCAAUUAUGUUUGUGCAUAGGCGCGUUCUGUGUGUUACAUUUCGUUGUUGGCUUCGUGCUUGUUUUUGAUGCGAUGAGGAAAGGGUGGGCGGAGAGUUGGUGGUGGGUAUAUUUUUUGCUUCGUCGUCGACUGCGACCUCGUUGUUGAUAUAGCGGGGGGGUUGUCGGCCCAAGCUUCUUACGUACCUAUUCGUCUAGAGGCAUGUUCUGGGCUGGUGAUGGGUAUUUCGGUGUUGACUUCGCCCUUGUUUUUGAUGUUUUGGGGGGCAGGGGGGGGGUCGUCCGAUUCUUCGCAUGUAUUCGUUUGCACGAGUGCUUUGGGACUGUAUAGUAGGUAGGGUAUAUUUUACGGUGGGGAAGCUGGAGCCUUGAUCAGCAGCGUGUGCUCUUCAUGCUAGCGGCCCAAUACUUUUGGGGGUUGGAUCAAUUUUUUCGUUUUCGAUGUUUCUCGCGACAGGUCUCAUCGAGCCUUGUGUUGUCGGGAGGCAAAUCGCGCAGUCAGUGGUUGGAGCUCUGUUUGUUCGCGUGGUAUGUAUAUCUGGUAGAUUCAAGAAAAGGGUCCAAUGUGCACAUCGGUUGGAAUCUUGAUGUUUUUUUUUUUUACGGUCUUGUACAAUAUGCAAUGUCCUUCAUAGCCGGCCGGCGGCAAUGGCCGGAAGUACCAAAUAUGUAUGUGUAGUAUCGCUGGUGCUGGCAACGAACGAAUGGAUGUGCUUUGAUUGGAGUUGUUUUGUGGUACACAAAGAAGGUUCGGGCGGGGGUGGGUGCUCACACUUGAGUCUCAUGCAUUUCAAAGGUUUCGGGAUUGAAAAUCAACGACGAUGCGAUUACAACCACGAUCAAUUGGCG